AUGAACUUGUCCCCUCAGAAACUGUCACAGCCCAAGAAGCGAAUCAGCGAAAUAAUGGCAACCGUGGCACAAGAGCAAAAGGAAUUUGAGGAUAUCCUGGAAUACAUCAACAGCAUUGAGCAAGCGAAUCUGAGUCAGAUGGUAGGAAGUGCGUCAAGUGCAAGAAGCAGAAGGAAAAAAAGCAAGACCAUGCCUAAGCCUGCCGACGAAGAAUUGGAGAAGUACCAGCGUAGGCGAGCGGGAAAGGAGGAGAGCAUUGGACUCAUGUGGCAGAAGAUACACGAGUUGCAGCAGGAGGAAAAGAGGCUUAAAGAAAUGAAUGGUAUGUGA